UGUAAGAGGGGAACAACAAAGUCAUUCUGUCAUAUUUGAGAACCGCUAUAUUUUAGGUUUUUAGCAUGUACUCUUUAUAUAGCAUUAUAAAAAUGCUGGGUUUUAACCAUGGUUGAUUAUAAUAUAUUCAAACAGUGAGUGGAUAAAUGGACAAACCAAUUUACGAGAGGUUAUUAUCAGAGGGUAAAUAACAUUUAGGCAUACAUGGUAUUUUAACGAGUAAAUAUAAUAAUAAUAAUAAUAAUAAUUUCAAGAACAAAUCGCUUAAGAACAAUACCCUAUUGUUAUUGUCCCUAAAAUCAUGUGGCAUCAUCACACGUGCACUAUUCUAUACAAUAUGCAUACAGAAACAGUGAAAUGCUCAAUUCAAAUGUUAGCAAUAAAUAAACAAACAGAUAUUGUAUAACUAGGACAAAAGUGCGGUGUGUUAACUUACUAAUAUUAUGAUAAAUGCUAGUCUAAAUUCCCACCGGCGUCCGACGCAUGCGUAUAAGACACUCUUACUAUUUUAUUCUUUUUUUCGGUCGAAAAUGGCUCCCAUUCAGAUUUAAACCUCAACGGUUCAGGUGAAAAAUAUUCAUUUCACGAAGCAGAUUUAUUAGUCUUAUAGGGACGAAAAUCUCACGCGAUUUAAGGAUGUCAAUAUUCUUGAGUAAAUAACAUUAUGCUUUUGGUUUCAAGGAUGGAAGAUAUAGCUCUUUCAUAUUUAACCCUUUACCUUCCGUGAUCCGCCUUCUAGAUGAGAAAAUGAUGCACCAAGUAUCGAGCAACAGCAGCGACUAUGGUCUGGGUAGCAUUGGAGAUGAUGGCCAACACUCAGCCAGUCACUUUGAACUGUGCACCUCACAAUCCAACAAGUUUUACCCCUCCGCCCCACCUCCCUCGCUACAACUGCCACUCCCAAACUUGCCUCCCUUGCCACAGGGAUUAAUCAAGCCCAUGUCUUGCCAAAUGCAGGACUCCCAAAACGAAUUCCACUCCCAGGCCGUUCGAAUGAGGGGUGCAGAGGCACCAGAGGGAUCCAAGAAGAAGAAGGGUCUGGGCAAGUCCGGACGACGAGGCAGGCCCUCGGGUACCACUAAGUCCGCUGGCUACAGGACGAGUACGGGGCGACCACCCGGGACCACCAGGGCGGCGGGCUUUAAAACCAGCCCGGGAAGGCCGCUGGGCACCACCAAAGCUGCAGGCUACAAGGUGAGCCCAGGUAGGCCUCCAGGUAGCAUCAAGACACUGGCGAGGCUCAACAAACUGGACUAUAGCGCCUGCAAUGGUGCUCCGUUCCCAUACACGAUGAUGCAGAAGAGGACCUUGUGCGAAGCCACCGUAAAAGAGAAAGACACUAAUGAGUAAAGAAUGGGGGAUUCGGGUGCAUGUGAAUCGUGUUUGUACAGCCAGACUCUUUUUUUUUUUUUAUACUUCAACAUACGUGAAUAUUCGUUUAAUCCUUUUUGUGCAUCCUUUUCCAAAGACCUUUAGCAUUACUAUUCUUGUUAUUGCAUAUGUUAACUUAUUGUACAGAUGUGCAUGAUAGUAGUAUUGUGAAAUAAAGUUACAGAAUCAGAUAGUAAUCUUUUUGGAAUGUACUGUAGAAAGACCUGGAAAUGUGUUGUUUUACACCAAACUUAAUCUCUCUUCUCUUGUUGAACUUACUGCUGGAAACAGUUCCAGUAUCCGUCACACACGAUGUGUUUCACAUUUGACUUUACCCAGUAAUAAUGACCCUUUUCACUUGAUGUCUAUAUGUGAUGUAGGUAUUUUCAUCUGUUUUGUUACUGGGUUGUAUUUAAAGAUUGCCCUUUUCAGACAUAUAAUGCUGUUUUAUAUGAGCUCAAGUCUCAGAUCUGAGGCAUUUUUAAAGCGGCUCUUGUAAAUAGGACUUAAAUGUAUUAGAUAAGUUUAUAUCAUCAGCCAGUGUGUUGUGAUCAGUGGUAAUAGUUAUGCCGAUGAAUGAUUGAAUCUAAAAUAUACCAUGUUGUUACACGUUUUGCUUUGUUUUGUUUACGACCUCUCCGAGUUUUGUGUUAUUAAAUACACCUGACCUGCUAACAAAAUAAACA